UGGCCACCUGAGAAAAAUCGUUUUCUCAUGUUGGCAUGGAUUUUGAUAUGUUUUGAACUUGAGGGAAAUUCACUAUUGAUUUCCCCCGAGUCUUUUUAGUGUAUUAAUGUAAUGGCGGAAAAAAAGGCUCCAGCUAAGGCGAAGAAGGAGAAGGCUCCUCGCAAGGAGCCCAAGGACAGCAGUAAAAACCCCAUGCGAGAAGUUCGCAUUCGCAAACUGUGUCUGAACAUUUGUGUGGGCGAAUCUGGUGACAGACUCACGAGGGCAGCCAAGGUGCUGGAGCAGCUGACAGGCCAGCAGCCCGUCUUCUCCAAGGCACGGUACACCGUGCGAUCGUUCGGCAUCCGGCGCAAUGAGAAGAUAGCAGUUCACUGCACCGUGCGCGGUGUGAAGGCCGAAGAAAUCCUCGAGAGGGGUCUCAAGGUGCGAGAGUAUGAGUUGAGGAAAGACAACUUCUCAGACACUGGGAACUUUGGUUUUGGGAUCCAGGAGCACAUAGACUUGGGUAUAAAAUACGACCCCAGCAUUGGUAUCUAUGGUCUGGACUUCUACGUGGUUUUGGGUCGCCCAGGUUUCAACGUAGCUCACAGGAGGCGAAAAACUGGUGUAGUUGGGUCACCUCAUAGACUAACAAAGGAAGAUGCCAUGAAGUGGUUCCAACAGAAAUACGAUGGUAUCAUCCUUGCUGGAAAGAAGACGUGAAUGGUGGUUAUGAUUUGUUUUACAAAUAAAUUGUGAAUCCUUA